CGCAGUCUUCGCGGCGCCCGCGACAGCAGCAGCAGGUGGAGCCCCGCUCAGUCGCGAGCAGCACUUAGCCGGAAACCUGCGCCGCGGCCGCCCGGCCGGGAGCUGGCCCGCUAGGCUGGAGCCCACGCAGCCCCGGUCCGACCCAGUUUCCCAGGCACCGGGUUACGGAAGCCGGCGGCCGGGGGACCGCGGUUGGGGCCGGGGCUGGACGCAUCUCCGUGCGCACAGCUGCGUUGGAAGACCCCAGCCCAGGGUGCAGGGCUAACGGGACCUGACUCUCCUCGGCCGCCACCUAAAGACUUGUGUUCGGGGACAGAUCGGUUGUGGGACUGAGGACCUCGGAGCCCCCGCAUCUGGCCGGACGCUCCCGGAGUCUGGGUGGCGCGCUCGCUUCACCGCUCCAGAGCGGACAGAGAGGCUCUUUCCAGGAGACCGGACCUCCUUGCCCGGUCCUCUGUGGAGUCCUAGCACCCAAUGCCUGUUGGUCUUAAGAGCCUCCCUAGUUGACACAGGUCUGCAGGUGUUCUCUACUGGUUAGAUUUCUUCUUUGGCUAGGGGAACAGUUGCCGCCAGCGACAUUCUUUGCCCGUGGCUGCUCCACGUCCUGGGUCUCCCGUCCUGCCUGUAUUUUGCCAGCUUCACUGACCCUCAACUCUGCCUUUGCUUGUUGUGCGUGCUCCUAGCCUUUGGUUUUACCGGGAGUGUGCAGACGUUUUCUUGUCUCCCCUUUGGGAGGGCACUGGUCUCCAGGGAACGGCUUUGUGUGUGGUGGGAUCGGGGUCCUCAACCAUGGCCUUCACUUUCGCUGCUUUCUGCUACAUGCUGUCCCUGGUGCUCUGCGCUGCGCUCAUCUUCUUCGCUAUCUGGCACAUAAUCGCCUUUGACGAGUUAAGGACUGAUUUUAAGAGUCCCAUAGACCAGUGCAACCCUGUCCAUGCGAGGGAGCGACUGAGGAACAUCGAACGCAUCUGCUUUCUCCUGAGAAAGCUGGUGCUGCCGGAGUACUCCAUCCACAGCCUCUUCUGCAUCAUGUUCCUGUGUGCGCAGGAGUGGCUCACCCUGGGGCUGAACGUUCCCCUGCUUUUCUAUCACUUCUGGAGGUAUUUCCACUGUCCAGCAGACAGCUCAGAACUAGCCUAUGACCCACCGGUCGUCAUGAACGCGGACACCUUGAGCUACUGCCAGAAGGAGGCCUGGUGUAAGCUAGCCUUCUACCUCCUGUCCUUCUUCUACUACCUGUACUGCAUGAUCUACACCUUAGUGAGCUCCUAACUCAGACCCUGCUGAUGGAGAGGCCGAGGCUGGGAACCACCGUGGCUGUGGCUGGAGACACCCAGCUUGGCAGAGACUGAUUGGAAGGAACUGGAGUCACAUGGCAGACAGGGCCAAGUUACCCAUGUGCAUCAGUUGUUGCUGUGUGUGUUGCUGCCUUCGCUGUUCACAUUCCACAUGGAUGGCAGAGCCCCUCUGAGUGCUGGGGGUGCCAGCUUGUAGCUGACGAAACCUGCAACCUCUGGAGCUGCAGUUGCUGCUUCUCUUCAUCCACUUCACUGAGCAUCGGUGCCCUGCAAAUUCACUUGAACUGCCUGUCUGGAUGGCAGGAAUGAGGCUGGAAGCUAGACGCCACCAACAAAUGACUUGGGGCCAAGGCCAGGUCUUCAGAGGUGAUUGAGACCCUCAAGGAUACUAAGGAUAUCAAGACUCUUUUUUCCAGAGCUGUGGCCUCCAGCUUUGCUCAUUGCAAGGCCCAAAUCUGGGGUCUGCCUCAAGCCUGCUGCCAUGUCAUUUUAGGCUCUGUUUAUGUCCAAGAUUCUAAGCAGUGACCGCCUGAGCUGGGUGUGGGACAGCAAGUUAUGUCCAGUGCAAACUGGGGAGGGGAGUGUGAGAAAAUGGAUUUUUAAAAUGUUUGCAAUAUGUUCCAGGUGUGAAUUCUUCACCAUCCCCAAGAUGUAUUCUGCCUCUGCACCAAAAUUCCAUCAGAGUGUGACAUGCCAAUCAGCUGGCUGGCAUGAGCCAAAGCUAAAAAACAAACAAACAAAAAAACAAAACAAAACAAAACAAAAAAACCCUCAAAACAGUGUGAAGUCCAGAAACAGAGAGCAGAGCUCCUGUGGUGUGGACAGCCAGGAAGCGAGACAACAUAAUUAUCACUUCAAUUGAGGCUGCACAGCCUUCGUGCUGCUCAGUUCAACGUGGGGACAUCCACUUAUUUGAAUUUUCCACUUGGCUUUUACUCCUUUUUUGGGUGGGAGUUGUAUGAGGGGGUGUAAAUAGUGGUGAGGGAUUUUUGUGAUGUUUAAAUUAGGCACAAUGAUUUUGACCUGAUUUCUCAAACUUCCUUGCUUUUCUACUGUUACUCACACAGUCACACACACGCACACACAUACAUACACACACACACUAUUUAUAUACGCUCCCAUCUGAAUCCUGUGACUCAGGUUUUGAAUGGUGUUUGUGUAACACAGUGUGUGCUAUGUUUAAAAUGCAGCAACAACUUCAGUGGUUCACCUCACUGGCUCCUUCAUUCCAUCCCAUCCCAGGUUGGCUGUGUCUCCAUAUGGUUGGCAAACUGGUAGGUAGGAGAAACAGUUUCAAAAUGACACCGUGUUUCUAAAAAUUUUUACAGAAAACAAAAUAGAGAGGGAAAAAAUAAAACUCACAAAGAAGAACAAAACCAAAAUGCAGCUUCCCUGAGGGGCCGGUAGCAUAAAAGCCUCUGCAACCACAUUUGGGGGGAAUGCCUUCCCGUGCCUGGUAACUUGUUGAGGCUGCAUGGCCUCAGCUGGGUACCAUUCCCAGGAUGGCUAGCUACGGCCAGCAAGUGGUGGGGUCUAGGUAGCAGGUGCAAAGCUAACUCCAUCACCAUCCUGUAAAAAAGCAGCUGACAUGGAGAAGGUAAGGAAGGGGUCUGUGGGCUCCUCAGGAUGAAUGUUUCACACUUCACCCUCUUCCGAAAGGGCUUGAAGUAGCUUUUGACAGGGGGCACCAAUAUCAAAAAUUGUUAAUGUGGAACCGGGAAAUUCACGCCCCAGGGCUUUGCAUGUUGUAGACGACUUUCCUAGCACAACCCUCCACAAAACCCAGUUGCUUUCUCAGUAUUAAAGAGAGGGAACUUUGAAGAUUUGCCUUUGAACCUGAUGUCUGACUUAGAGAACAUGCCCUUUCUGUUGCCCCCGUAGCUUGGGGUCCUGCUAAAGUUCAGCGGCUAGCACUGACUUUUAUGAGAAAAGAUUUUAAGGCAUACAGCUACAGAGGGAGUGCUUGGGGGCAUGGAUUCUAGGGAGGUGAGUGAUUCUUCCCCCAGACCUUUAAAAUCGUUCAAAGCUGCCAGUGCCUCGGGCAGUUCUUACCUAUUUAUGGAGGAAAAGCAUUCCAAACUUUCCUCCGCCAUCAGCUGUGAUUGGGAAACAAGUCCAGUGAUCUCAUGGGAGUUACAAUUAAUUUCCAGUCCCCCAGGAGAAGCUCAUUUUCCUGAUGGUAAAAAUAAGUUUGAUGGGCUACUACCGAUGGAGCGCAGGUGUGUGCCAGGUGCCCCGGUAAAUGAGAAGAGCCGUGUGCAGACACACGCAGCUGCUGGGAGGCGUGGCCUUAGAACUAUGCAGGCUUCUUCCCCGGAAUUUUGCUUGCGUGGCUUUCUCUCUCAUUGUACGCCCCAUGAAAGGAAGGAGUGAGCAAGAUGGGAAAAAUGCCUCAAAUUUCCCAGAGCCUCAAGAAUUCAUUUGUUGAGCAAGCUAGAACCCAUGUACCAGGCACAGGUCAGGGUGCUUCAGGGGCAUAGCCUGUGCCUGGGCUGGCCUGGAGUAUGGGUCCUGUUUCCCUGCUGUAGCCCUGUGUGGCUGUGCGGUGUGACCUGGAUGGACGGUGGAGAGUCACAUAAGGUCACCCUGUGCUGAGGAGAGGAGAAUGUCAGGCUCCACCCUGGUUUGAUGAUGUCACAUCCGCUGUGCCUGAUGAUGGUGAGUACUCUAUAUAGGAAAUUCCGCCAUGCCCUCUACCUGCUCCCAAAGCCUCAGCUUCCUGCCGGCCAUUCCAUACACAUCUCAUUCAGUCCUCACAAUGACACUAUGACGGAGGAACUGCGACUGUCUUCACAGUCGUAGCUGAAAGCUUUGGAACACAAUCUACAGCAGUCAAGGACCCAAGCCAAGGUCCCACUUGCCGAGUUGCCAACCUCGAGCCUUUCUGCUUCCAGGGCCUUGGUAUUUUUGCUUUCCCAAAAGAGUGACAUAGUAUACGAAGGGUGAUGGAUGGGAUAUGGGAAAGAAAGAGGAAAGGGAGUGAUGAUGGCCAGGACAGCUGCAGGCCUCGCGUGUCUCAUGACGCGCAACCUGGGGUGCCUGUCUGCACUGGGUAGGAUGGGAUGACGAUCUUUGUGGUGCUUCUCUGAGAUCCCACUUCCUCAUCUGUCACAGGAGGGGCAUGCCACCUCCCAUGGCUGUGGUAAGUCAACUGUGUCUAGAGAGCUCAUAGCACAGAGCCUGUCUCUAUCAGCUUGGCCCAGAAAUCUCAUUCUCUGGUCUUCUCCACACUGCCCCUCCCUCAUCCCCCUACUGCUCCCCUCCUCCCUCCUCCCCACACUGCCCUUCCUUCCUCCCCCUCAUUGUUCCUUCCUCCUCCCCACACUACCCCUCCCUCCUCUCCACACUGCCCCUCCCUCCUUCCCACACUGACUCUCCCUCCUCCCCACACUGUUCCUCUCUCCUCCCCACACUGCCCCUCCCUCCUCCCCACACUGCCCUUCCUUCCUCCCCCUCAUUGUUCCUCCCUCCUCCCCACACUGCCCCUCCCUCCUCCCCACACUACCCCUCCCUCCUCCCCAGACUACCCCUCCCUCCUCCCCACACUGCCCCUCCCUCCUCCCACACUGCCCCUCCCUCCUCAUAGCAGCAAUGCUCAGCAAGUCUCAGUUUUCUUCCUGUCCUCUUUCCUUCCUGGGGGUGAGGGUGGGGGUGGGGGUGGAGGUGACAGUCCCAGCCAUGCAACAGGGGUAACAGCUCAGCCUCAAGAAAAAUAUCCCCCUGUUCCCUAUUUUUAGGCUCGGUAAUUGCACCAAUGUUGAAUAAAAUUGUCAUCGUUAUGACAGUUUUAUUCUCCACAUAAGCGAUGAAUGCAGCCAGCAAAAUGCUUUGACAACAAUUAAUUGCCCUCACACAGCGUUAUCACGCAGAUUGGGCUGCUCACUUCCACACUGUGUGGCAUGUGACUCUGUGUAGGGCCUUCCCCUGUUCCUUAGAGCCAAACAGGCCAUCUGCCCGGCCACUUCCUCUCCAAGGCUGAACCCCCAAAUGAAGCAUGGAAGGUGAGUAAGGAGGGAUGGAUUCCAGAUUGCUCUUACAGCGGGACUCUCCCUGGGAGAUGGAGCUAAGCAAGGAGAGCUUUUUCAGGACACCGCCUGGCGGCUGAUCCUGGGGAAAGUGGGGUACCUGUUUGGGAAGAAGAACAUUCCUUCCUCACGGAGAAUUGCAUAUGAUGACAUGGGAAUGUCCAGCAUGUUCCUCACAGCUCUGCUAGGACAGGAAAACCUCAGUCAGAACUGGGGUUUAGGUCUCAGUUGCUGCUCAUGAUCCCAAAACAGCCUCAACAAAAUGACAACGUCCAGACUUUGACCACUAUGUGGCCAUUCCUGCCACCUCCCAUACCCCAUGUAGUUCUUCCCCAACAUCCCUGGAUGCCCCAGAGAGACUUUUCUAGGUCUUGAAUUUGGACCCUUGACCACCACGUGGCAACCAUAUUUUCUCCUUUCCAGUGAACUGUGUAUUCGAAGUGGCUCAUGGGGCUUAGAGGAACCAAGUGUUCUGUUUUAUAGGGAAUUCGCCAACAGUUCAGUGUGGCCACUUAACACCAAAGUUAUGUAAGCUUAGAUUAAGUAUGCAGAAGACAAAGAUGUCUAGUUGCAGGCCUACUUCCUAACACACAUUUAAUAUUCUGAGGGCUCUUCGAGGUCUAGCUGUCAUGUCUGUGGCAGAACUGUGACUGCCAUGUGAUUGUGUGUUCCUGUUCCUUCUUCCCAGCCACAAGUUCGCUGAUGUCAUUAGUACGUGGAAACUGCCCGUGAUGAAAGUGUUCACACCGCAGAACUUGGCAAAUGGACAUGUUAGACAUCCUGAGUGUGAGCUGGGCACUUACUUAUUAGCACACCCUGGUCUUUACUCAGGCACAGUUGUGUGACCAUAUCACGGGAACCAGUAACCAAGGUGACAAUAGCUGUAUCUUCAAUGCAGCAGUAGAUACACAGUGGCUGGUGGGUUCGGGGUCUGAGCACUUGGUGGCAGUGCCUUCAUGACCAGGCCUCUCGUCCAUUCUGGCUAUGACACCAGUGAUGUUGUUACUGUUGUCCACUUGAAAUCGUGUGGGGCUCAUUCAGCUUUCUGUGAACUUGACAAAUAGCUACCAGCUUAUAAAGAAAAAGUUAUUUUUGUCUCCUGGGUGUAGAGGUUUCUGUCCGUGGUUA